GCAGAACAGUCUGCCCGGAAGUAGUAGUAGAAGAAGAAAACCCGGAAAAAAAAUAGGCGGGCGAGCGGGUACUUUGAUUGUCUUGAUACUUUAAACCUUUUCCUUCUCAUAUUGCGUCACCUGGUGGUCGUGCUGCGCACUGAUGGAGCCCACUGAGAGCAGGUACGCUCACCUGAUGAAGCCCAUCAGGGAGCUCACCGACAACUGGGACGUCGACGUGGCGUCAGAGUUAAACGACUACUUGGAGGAGUUGGACGAGAUGUGCAUCACGUUUGACGGGAAGACCCGCCUGAACUUUGCGGAGGCGGCGCUGCUCAUCCAAGGUUCAGCCUCCAUCUACAGCAAGAAGGUGGAGCUGCUGUACAGUCUGGUUUACCAAACUUUGGAGUACAUCAGCGACAGGAGCAAGAAACGACGCAAGCAAGCUGAAGCGUGCGGGGAAGCCGACUCCGGGGCCGAAGCCUUUGAAGACGAGUUCUCGCCUCUGGACAUCGACAUGACGAACAACGUGGACAAGGACGACUGCGGCGCGCUGGUGAAAGUGACACCUCUUCCUCCGGAGUCCCUGAUUGCUCUUGAUGGUUCCCACAAGCACAAGCUGCCCCUCAUCAGCGUGAAAGGUGACGUCCUGUGCAGCCAGAAGGACUUCUGGAUAAAUCGGUUCUUCCCUGGACUGCAGGACAUGAUCCUCCUCGCCCAGUGCCCUAUAUCUAGCAGUUCUCUCUCAGACCAGGACCUGCAGCCUCCUGCGUCAGGUGGCGCAGAUAUGACGGACGCAGCCGAGGAGAGCUUCCUUCCCGUGAAUGAUGUGAUGGAGCAGGACGCAGAGGAGCAUGUGGAGAGGCAGCAGGCGCCGAGCGAAGGCCGCGUGCUUCGACAACGGCAGCAGGUCGUCGAUGAGGAGGCGGAACUUCCUGCUGUCACCGCGUGGACGCUUCAUGACCCAUACGCCGAGCUCGACAAAGUGGGCGAGAAAGCCUUCAAGCUUGGAAAGUGCUACGCCGUUCCCGACGGUCUGGAGGACGGCGGGAAGAGGAAACGAAAGCGUGCGGCUCCCCUGCAGGACUUCUGCGCUUGGUUCAAACAAAGCUACGAUCCUGCCGAUCCCAAGUUGAAGAAGGGGCCGACGUUCACCGACCUAAACUACGUUUAUUUCAGCAGCCUUAAAACAAAGCUUACCUCUCACAGGAGACUCAACAGGAAACAAGGCGUGUUCGUGUCUGACGAAGAGCUGACAAGAAAUCUCCUGCAGCGGGAGGAGGCGGAGCCCGUGGAGGGCAUUGUUGGUGCAGAAGACUCUUGUGAAUAUGAUCAUCUCCCCGCCGACUUUGAGGCAGAUGAAGAUGGCGUGCCAGGAGCACACACAGACCAGCUGACCUACGAAGACCUCGUCAAGUUGCGCGUGGACCAGCUGGUGCUCUACUGUCAAGGAGGCUACACUCAGGAGACGGCGUUGUCUCGACGGAUCGAAGACUGGGAGGAGAAGAUCCAACCGGAGCUGGCUCGGCAGGAGCAGCGCCCACCAUUUGACAUCCAUGAAUACGGCGACAGAAUCGUGGCGGCGCUGCACCCUGUGGGCGUGCGCCGCGCCUUCUCGUCCGUGGUGUCCGGUCUGGACAACGUGGAAGUCUGCAAGUUCCUGCUGGCAUCUCUACAGCUGGCCAACGACUACACGGUGGGCAUCGACAGCGUGGAAGGCGUAGAGGAGAGCUUGGACUCGAUGGCGAUGACGCUGAUCAGCACGCAACGAGCUAACGACAGGUUCAAAACUCAUCCUUCCACCAUGACGAACACUGCCGAUGAUCACAUGACGCAUUAAAAGACCACCAUAGAGCCACUUCAAUGACUGUAUAUACAAAUGGCUUCAUUUAUUCACUCGGUUUCAUAUCAGACAGAAAUACAUUAAAUGUUUUGCUCAUA